AUGGAAAACCCCAUUGAAUCGGAAGCGCUGGAAGAAGAAGAAGACCUGAACAGAACUUUUGUCAUCGAUGAUGAUGAUGAAAUAGUCUCGAGAAGGUUCAACACAUGGUGCCUGGACCAUGAAACCUCAAAGGAGGCAUGGUUAAGUGACGACAUCAUAUUCUGGUAUCUGAAGCAUCUUUGCGCAAAAAGCACAAAGUAUGAAACUUUGGAUCCAAUUAUGUGGGAAAUGUACAAAAGAGAAGGAAUCAUGCUCAUAAAGCAAAAACUUUGGAGCACGAAAACCUACUUUUUCCCAGUUUGCGAAAAUAACCACUGGAUCCUUUUGGUGAUAAGCUUAACUGGAAUCUGGUACGCAAACAGCUUCCUACGUGAACCCGAAGGAAAAAGUUCAACAGUUUAUUGAGGAAUUGGGGACUGAACGGAAAAAAAGUUCGACACUCCAAAUCCCUGCCAGACAGAUGGCAUAAACUGCGGUGUUCAUGUAUGCCUGAUGGCAAAAAUCAUGUCUAAAUGACGACUAUUGGUAUACCGAAAAAAAGAGGUCCAAUCGUUCCGAAAAAGAUGUGAAAAAAAGAUGCUCAGAGCAAACGGAUAUGACCUGUACUCUGAACAAUACCGUGAUUUCCACCAAACAGAUGAAACCACGAAAAAAACCAGAAAGUCCAGAAAAAAAGUGGACACUUCUGAGGUGUCAGUUGAAUCCCCAAUGGAUAUUCCACAUGUUGGUCAACCGGAAGAAGUGGAUAGAGUUUCCAUCCCAAAACUGAUGGACCUAAAACUCGAAUGCCCUCCACAUCUUCUACAAAAAAAGUUGCUCCAAAAGUGGUCAAACCAAAGGAGAAACCCACUAAACAGAUGGGUAAAGCACGCAAAGUGCCAACUGGAAAAACCAGAGGAACUGGUCGUGAAAGUACGAGAAUGGUUCCAAAAAGAGUUCCAAUCGUACAUUCAAGACGGUAGAAGCUUCCAAAGAUUGGAGUGGAUCACCGACGUCCUGACAGCCGCCAUACAAAAAGGCCUCUGUUGGGGACACCCAGGCAAUCGAGAAGAUUGUGAAAAAGAUGCCCACCCUUGGAAGUGGAAGAGGGUGAGAUGGCAACGCAAACGGAUCCAAAAAAAGGAUUCCCAAGAAGGGUAACAGCAACCCGACUGGAGAUGGUGACAGCCGCAAAAGGGCCACCAGUCUCUCAAAGGGACUCGUACUGGCAAAAACCGGACGAAGACCUUUAACCAACUGAUCGGCAAAGAAUCGAAGCAAUGCGAGAUCCCGAUCAGUCAACUUGAACAGUUCUUCAAGAAAAACCACCUCUGUCACAAAUGUAACAAAAAGAGGUUCUGGAAUCAAAAAAAGUUCCAAAAAUCCCAAAGAUAAAAAGUGGGACAGUGGAUUGUAGACCCAUUCACUGAACAGGAAUUGGCAGUUGCUCUUAAGAAAACCAAAGACACUGCUCCUGGAGUUGACGGACUGAGAUACCAUCAUCUAGAAUGGUUCGAUCCUGAUCACAGAAUUCUGACGCCCCUGUACAAUGAAUGCAAGGAGCAUCGGAAGAUUCCAUCACAUUGGAAAGAGGCAGAAACGAUCCUUCUAUACAAAGGAGGAGACGAAUCUAAGCCCGAGAACUGGAGACCAAUCAGUCUCAUGCCAACCAUCUACAAACUAUAUUCGAGUUUGUGGAACCGAAGAAUCCGGUCAGUGAAGGGUGUCAUGAGCAAGUGUCAAAGGGGAUUCCAAGAGCGGGAGGGUUGCAAUGAAAGCAUUGGAAUCCUUAGAACCGCGAUUGAUGUGGCGAAGGGCAGGAAAAAAAGAACCUGUCAGUCGCCUGGCUCGACCUUACCAAUGCGUUCGGUUCAGUGCCACAUGAGCUCAUCGAGCACACUCUGGAAAAAGUAUGGAUUCCCAGAAGAAAUCGUCCACGUCAUAAAAGACAUAUACAAUGGGGCAUCCAUCCGAGUAAAGAGUAAAAAAAUGAAAAAGAGUAACCAGAUCAAGCUGAAUUCUGGGGGUGAAACAAGGAGAUCCCAUUUCACCAACGCUUUUUCAACAUGUGUCUAGAAGGUGUCAUCAGAAAACACCUGGAUACGUCCUCAGGCCACAAGUGUCUCAAGACAAAGGUCAAAAUACUGGCAUUUGCGGACGACAUGGCCAUAUUGUCUGAUUCAAGAAACAACUCCAGGAAGAGUUGGAGAGAAUGGAUGAUGACUGUACCCCACUCAAACUCAUAUUCAAACCGAGCAAAUGCGCUAGUUUGAUAAUUGAGAAGGGCAAGGUACGACCUGAAGCACAAAUAAUGCUGAAGGGUGAACCCAUUCGAAAUCUCGCUCCAAAAAGACACCUACAAAUACCUGGGGGUCCAAACAGGAGUCGAGACUAGAAUAUCAGAGCUCGAAUUGCUGACCAAAGUCACCAAAGAGCUGGAGAAGGUAAACACAAGCGACCUAACUCCACCACAGAAACUCGACUGUGUAAAAGCCUUUGUGCUACCGAAAUUGACAUAUAUGUACGCCAAUUCGGUACCAAAGAUGACAGAGUUGGGUCAAUUUGCCAACAUGACGAUGAGGGCAGUAAAGGUUAUGCACUCAAUCCCAGUCCGAGGAUCCCCGCUAGAGUAUAUCCAAAUACCAACUAGUAAAGGGGGACUCGGCGUUGCGUGUCCAAGAAUAACCGCAGAAAUCACUUUCUUAGUGUCCACAAUGAAAAAGUUGUGGUCCUCAGACCAGUACAUCCAAAGACUGUACCGGGAAUAUCUGGAGGAAGUGACCCGAAUCGAAACGGGCAAAGAUCAGGUCACCCUAGGCGACCUGGCGGCCUAUCUCAGCAACGAGAUACCAAUCGAUAAAAAAAGGCGUUCGGUUUCAGUUGUUUCACAAGACUACGCGAAGUAUGCAACAGUCUGUGGAAAAAUCAAGUCCGCUCCUUUGCAUAAGGUGAAAAAUUGUUGAGUUCGAAGGUGAAUUGGCAAUCUCCGUACAAGCAAUCGAGAAAGGCAACGAGAGAAUCUUUACCAAAGAGAAUGUAAAGAAACUCCAACAACUGCUAAAAGGAGAAGUGAAUGACGCUCUCUCUCACAGAUUCACGACCGAGAAAGUUGUGAAGAGUGAGGUAGUCCGAGUCAUCCAGCAGUAUCCUCAGUGCAACAGCUUUGUCAGAAAAGGUGGCAAAAGUGAGUCGAGCAGCACACAAAUUUGUGCACAGAGCUCGCCUCAACUUGUUGUCGUGCAACUAUAACACGUACGACAACACAAAGUCAAAAAGAAUGCAGAAGAUGUCAUUAUGAGAAUGAAACUCAGUGGCACAUCCUACAAAGUUGCACUUUCGGACUCCCGAAAAAAAUCACUGAAAGACAUGAUGCAGUGCUCAUGAAAGUGAAAAAAACUCAUCGAAGCUGGUUCAAAGAAAGACUGGAAACUGAAAAAUAGAUCAGGAAAUACCAGGAUUCACCAGACUUCGACCAGACAUCUACAUGAGAAGUCCAGAUGGAAAAAGAAAUCAUCAUGGCCGAUGUAGCCUGCCCAUAUGAGCAUGGUGUGGAAGCCAUGAAAAGAAGCUGGGACAAAAAAAGGUUCAGAAGUACUCUGACGGUUUCAGCAAUCUCAAGGCUCAGGGCAAAAAAAGCUUACUGUCCUACCAAUAAUAGUUGGAUCUCUCGGAAGUUGGUGGAAGCCCACAACUGACAGUCUGAAAAAAAGUUGGGAAUAGAGGAUGCAGUGAUCCGUAAAGUGAUUCCUGAAUUGUGUUCUACAGUAUUAGAAUACAGCAAGAACGCUUAUUGGAACCACAUCUUCGGAGACUCCUACACUGAAAUUCCACUCAAAUUCGGAGACGAGAAACCAAAAAGGCAACUCCUGGAAAAAGGAAAGAGCAAAACAUGCUCCGACCCUUCCGGGGACGUAGCCGGGUUCGAAGUCAACAUGCCAAAAGACCUGGCUCUGAAUGGACAUGGAUAG